AGAGCAUCUGAAACCAGAAAAAUACCAAAAUUCGGAAAAAUGGUUGUUCAAAGGCUUGGAGACAUGUUGCAAAUCAGUGAAGAGCUUAUACUGGAAAGCUUGUCCUUGAAUACUCAGAAAUCACCAGGUGAUCUGUUUCUUGUGAAGAAAUCUGGAUCAUCAGAUGUUGUUUUCAGCUUUCCUGCAGGAUCUUCGUCUGUGGAGAGUUAUUAUUCUGGAGGAAGUGCUUUCGGAGAAGCAAAAGCCGAUCUCCAACUCUUUCCUUCCUUGAGAAGUGUCGGGAACUAUGACCCAGCUGGAAAGCCAGAAGAGAAAGACUUGGCAACUGCAACUAUCAACCAAGCAUUUCUUAACAAAUUUAAACAUGUGUUGGAGAAUUCCCAGCUGAAAGCUAAGGUGCAAGAGGCUAUCAAUAAUGGGAUGAGAAUAAUACUUACCGGCCACUCUAUCGGCGGCGCAAUUGCUGCGCUUGCCACAAUCUGGCUCUUGGAAAAUUUCCCGAACGAAAACAAUGGAUCAUUCUUCUGUGUGACUUUCGGAUCUCCCCUUAUUGGUGACCACCUUAUUUCUCAUGCUCUUAGGAGGGAAAAUUGGUCUCAAUACUUCAUAAAUUUUGUCAUGAGGUAUGACAUUGUCCCUCGAAUUCUGCUUGCUCCCCUGUCAUCCAUUCGUCAAGAAUUCGAGAAAAUCAUCCCCUUCUUCGAUCCAAAUUCCCCCAACUACGCGAGUCAAUCGAUUGGAUCAUCCUCGGAGGCCUUGCAAUUGUUUGCAAAUGUGAUGAGCAAUGCAUCAUCUGUUGCAAGCAGUGCCGCCUCUAAACUAAUGGGGAGUCCAAAUCUAUUACUCGAAACUGUAGCGAAUUUCCUUGAGCUAAGCCCUUACAAACCUUUCGGCACUUAUAUUUUCUGUACCGGGAAUGGAAAGCUGGUUGUCUUGAAAAACCCUGAAGCUGUGUUGCAACUCUUGUUCUUUACUUGUCAAUUAAGCAACGAAAGUGAAUGGGAAACAAUCGCCAAUAAAUGCUUGAACCAGCAUUUGGGAUACAAAGAUGAACUUGAAGGCAGCUUGGAGAUGCAGAGUGUUACUUGUGACGAUAACUUAGAAACGGUUGCCUUAGCCUCAGAUGGCAUCUUUGAUGACCUUGGCCUGAGUGCAAGAGCUAGACAAUGCCUUCGUGCAGCGGGAGUAUUCGAGAAGCAAAAACAAAGAAACAAGGGCAAAUUUGAUUUUAAAAAGGAAGAAAUGAAGACAGAAAUGAAAAAACUGCAAGAUUACCGAGACUUGUACGAGCACAAUGUGGGAUACUACGACGCGUUCAAGCUUCAAAAGCACAAAACUGAUUUCGAAGCAAAUGUGACAAGGCUUGUGCUUGCAGCCAUAUGGGAUGAGAUUACUGAAAUGCUGAAAAAAUAUGAUCUUCCUGAUGAAUUUGAGGCUAUACCAGAGUGGGUAAAGCUUGGAACUGAAUUUCGCCACCUUGUCGAGCCUCUUGACAUUGCUAACUUCUACAGACACGCAAAGGGCGAAGACACCGGAGUCUAUAUGAAGAGAGGCAGGCCAAAGCGUUACAAAUACGCACAAAGAUGGCUCGAGCACAAAGAAAAACUGGCAGCAGGUUCCCGGGGGGAGUCCUGCUUUUGGGCAGAGUUGGAGGAGUUGCACAAACUUUCUGGUGACCUCCCGGCAGUGAACAAGGAGAAAGAGAGGGUCAUCAAACUUCAGAGACAAAUAGGACAAUGGAUUCAGGACGGGGUUCUCCGCGAGGAUGUGUUGAAGUCAUCAACCUUCCAGGAAUGGUGGAGCAGACUCCCCGAUGACCUCAAAACAAACCCGAUUUUGGGACUCAUGAAUGGUUCAGGAAAUAUGCUAGUGUAGUAGUACGAAGUGAUAAUAAGAGGACGGAUGAGGGCGUAACCGAGUUGGCUAAGGCAAUGUGCCUACCUUCCGCACUGCACCCAAGUUCAAAUCCGCUCCCCAUAAUUUGGUGUGUGUUUGUACUAUUUGUGUUUUGCUUUGGUGUAGUUUUCAUUUGUAAUCGUCCAACCAUUACAGUUCUCAUUGUUGUAGUCCACUAUGCACAAAGUUCGAACCCACUCCCAUAAUUUGGUGUUUGUUGUA